AGCAAAAAGGGGAGAGUCAGUUCCGAGAGAGGGCAGAGUCCGGCUCUGAGAGAGUUGGUCGGUCUGCCAAGGUAGUUAGUUUCUGCUGUGAGCACAAAUAGUUGAGUCUGAAGCUGACGCUGUUCCCCUUUCUCGCCAGUGAAAGCGCCCGAGCAAACCGAGCCCGACACCCAAGGUGAAGGCGGAGAACAAAAAAAAUACAAGAUCUUCGAAAAACCGCAAAAUGGAAUCACAUCUUGCUCACAGUCUCAGCAGCCCAACCAGUCCAUGCAAUGACAUGCUGAAAAAUAUUAGUAGUUUGGAGGCAAUACAGUUGUGUGACAGAGAAGGGAACAAAUCGCAAGACAGUGGCAUUGCAGAGAUGGAAGAACUUGCUGUUCCACAUAACAUAAAAAUAAGUAAUAUCACAUGUGAUUCUUUCAAGAUCUCGUGGAGUAUGGAUCCAAAAUACAAAGAUCGUAUCACACACUACUUCAUUGAUCUUAAUAAGAAAGAAACAAAGAAUUCCAAUAAAUUCAAGCACAAGGAUGUUCCAACCAAAUUAGUGGCAAAAGCAGUCCCCUUGCCGAUGACAGUGCGUGGUCACUGGUUCUUGAGUCCCAGAACAGAGUAUACUGUGGCUGUUCAGACUGCAUCAAAACAAUGUGAUGGAGAUUAUACAGUCUCUGACUGGAGCGAAGUUGUGGAAUUCUGUACUGCAGAUUAUUCCAAGGUUCACCUAACACAAUUGAUGGAAAAAGCUGAAGCGAUUUCAGAGCGCAUGUUGAGGUUUUCAGUUUUCUAUCGUAACCAGCACAAAGAAUAUUUUGACUAUGUUCGAGAACAUCAAGGACAAAUGAUGCAAACUUCCAUAAAAGAUAACAGUGGCAGUCAUGGUUCUCCCAUCAGUGGCAAACUAGAAGGCGUCUUCUUUAGCUGCAACACUGAAUUUAACACUGGAAAACCUCCUCAUGAUUCACCUUACGGGAGAUACCGCUUUCAGAUUCCUGCCAGCAAACUCUUCAACCAGAAUACUAACCUGUAUUUUGGUGAUUUUUAUUGCAUGUAUACAGCAUACCACUACAUUAUUCUGGUUAUUGCACCUAUUGGAUCACAGGGAGAUGAAUUCUGCAAGCAGCGACUCCCUCAGCUAAAUAUUGCAGACAACAAAUUCCUGACAUGCACCGAGGAGGAUGGUAGGCUUGUUUAUCAUCAUGCCCAGGAUGCUAUUUUAGAAAUAAUCUACACUGACCCAGUGGAUCUCUCUCUUGGUAGCGUGGCUGAAAUCAGUGGCCAUCAGCUAAUGAGUUUAUCCACAGCAAAUGCAAAAAAAGAUCCUAGUUGCAAGACUUGUAACAUUAGUGCUGGGCGUUAAUUGAACACUAAUUUUCACACUACUGACAAUAAUAGUUUUCAUUUUGUGUUAUCUCAAUUCUUUCCUUGUGAAAGCAUGCAAAUGAUGCAGCUUUUCACUAAAAGCUUACCCGCUGGUUGAUUGAUUUACUGAAACAUUUUAUGGAAUAUGUAAAUGUCUGUUUCUUUUUGUGAGAUACUCUAUAAAGUUGCUGCAAAGUUCCUGCUUUAAGAGAAAAUACAAUUGAUAUUAACGUGCUCUCAAAGCAAAAAUUAUAGCUUAUACGUUGUAUUCUCCAACAAGUAUUUAACCUCGAAUGAAGAACUAUUGAUUGGAACAAGCAUGAAGGUUACACCGGCAGCAUGACUUUAUCUUGCAAAAUAGAAAUACAGUAUUUGACACUUCCAACUUGCUCAUAGUGUUCACAUUACCUGUAAUAACUAGUUAAUAAGAAACGUUUAAAAUUGCUGUAUUUGAAGAAAAUAAAUGUAACAAUAGAAAAAUAUUUGUACUGUUCCAAAAGAUUUACAGUUGG